GUAAAUGGAAGCACUGACUCAUUCCUCCUUGUCUAACAGCUAAGCAGAAGAAAGCACAAAAAAUGUCCUUGGGAGAGUUCUUGGUGGAUGACAACAGUGGCUCCUGGGCUGACGAAAUGGCAGAUUUGCCUACUGCUCCCGCUGCUAGUUCUGCUCCGAGAGAAGAGCGUUCUGGAGGUUUUUCUCGCGGAUACGGCGGUGAUCGCUAUGGUGACAAUGAGUCUAGAGAGGACAGUUUCUCGCGUGGCGGCCCUCGCAGAGAUGAUGACCGUCCUCGCUACGCCAGCCGUCCUCCUGCCGAGCUCCCUACCGAGCCUCCGUUCACUGCUCACAUUGCAAACUUGUCUUUUGAUGCUGUCGAAGAGGAUCUUGCCGAUUUCUUCAAGGAUAUGAAGAUUGCCAAUAUUCGAGUUUUGCGUGACCGGGAAACCGACAGACCUAAGGGUUUUGGUUAUAUUGAAUUCGAAGAUCUUGAAUCCUUGAAGCAAGCUUUGACUCUUACUGGAGAGCCUUUGCACCAACGUCCUGUCAGAGUCAACAUUGCUGAUCCUCCCAAGGAACGCACUGACCGCGUUCCCGAUCGCACUGAAACCUCUAGCUGGCGUCGUACUACCCCUCUUGAACCCACCAGUCCUGAGGGUCGUGAACCCCGACGUGGAUAUGGAUUCGGAGACAGAGACAGAGAAGGACCUCGCGGCGGGUUCCGCGACCGUGAACAAGGACGCGGUGGUGACAGAGAACGCGGUGGAUACCAAGACCGUCCCCGUGACAAUAACUGGUCUGGAGGUGCCUUCCAAAAGCGAGGCAACUUUGGCGGUCGUGAUGCCCCCAGCGAACGCCCACGCCUUAACCUCCAACCUCGUUCUUCCACAGGCGGUGCUCAAUCUGAGGCACCAAAGUCUAACCGAUCCAACCCUUUCGGAGGUGCCAAGCCCAUUGACUCCGAUGAGGCCUUGAAGAAGGUUGAUGAGAGAAGAAAGGUUAAGGACCAAGGCGAAGAGUAGUUUUGCUUUUUUAUUUUUUUUAUAAAGAUAAUUUUCAUCGAGUCCACAAUAACGAACAAAUUAAAAAAGCGUAAAAGAAGUUUCAUUUUCCAUUUUCCUCUUUAGUGUGUUAUCAUCUUGUAUUCAACCAUUUUUUCUAUCCUCCUCAUACAAUUCUUGGCACAUAUUCACUGAUACGAAUAGAAUACACUCUCCAAUAUCAUUGAAAGA